AUGUCAGCAGCCAGCAGUGACCAGCUGCACAGAUCAACUUUAACUGUCUAUACGAACCUGAUGGAGCACUUCAAUCCAGGCCUCCAGAGGCUUGUUGCUCUAGGAAACAGCUAUGUCAAAGCUUUCCAAGCAUUAGCUGUUUGCAGUGAGGCCUACUUCAGCGCUGUGGCUAAGAUGGGUGACCAGGCUCUUCACACGUUUUCAUCUCGCUCUCUUGGAGAUGUUCUGAUCCAGAUAUCAGACACACAGAGGAGACUCACUGCGGAGAUGGAGGGAGUGUUUCGAUGGUUCCAGAUAGAGGUGCUGCAAGCCAUGGAGAAGAAUGUGAAGUUGGAUGAGGAAUACAUUGAUGGUAGUCGCAGAGUGUAUGAGCUGGAGGUGAGGAAUCAGGCAGAGGCUUUGGAGAAACAGCUCAGACGAGGAGCCUACAGAGACUCUCUGGAGAACAGUGAGUACAUGCUGUACCUGAGGCAGAGCCAGCAGGAGAUCCUCAAGGAGGAGGAGAGGAGAUAUCGCUUCUUGGCAGAGAAACACUGUGGCCUCACUCAGUCACUACUUUUCCUAAUAAACAAGACCGGUGCAUCUCUUCAGCAAAAGGCAGAUGGAUGGAAGGAGAAAGUGAAUGAGACCAGAGGGUCCAGGCCUCGGACUCCGACCCAUUUGGACCAAGAGGCACAGUUGCGAGGUUCAGUGAGCUCCCUGCUGCAAACAGUGGCCAGAGAUGAAGACAUGUCCUGGGCCAGGAGGGAGCAACAGGCGCUGGGCAGAGUGCCCUCUAGAGCACCGUCUCCCCUCCCGAGCCGCUCUCGUUCCAGCUCAGUGGGGGAAUCUUUGGGUCUGGGAGGAGGGAGAGCCAUGAGAGCCCUGGUGUCUCACCCCUCCUCAUCCAACCCAAAGCUUCUACCUUUCAACAGGGGAGAGACCAUCACCGUACUGGUCCAGGAACCACGCAAUGGCUGGCUGUACGGACGUACUGACAGCAGCCUGCGUCAGGGCUGGUUUCCUGCUGCUUAUGUGGCACCUAUUGAAGAUUUCUCCAACACUUUAGCGACAAGUGGUGGUGCUCUAAGAAGCCACAGCAUGAACAAUCUGCUGGAUCCCACUGACACCUACGCUGACCAAUCGGAGAGCAAGAGCUAUGGAGAUGUCCCGCCUCCGGCUACGCCCAACCGUAGGGCCUCUGUAGACGUCCGGGCUGCCUCUCCGCUCCCUGAGAAGAAGGCAGAAGUAGUGACCGAGAUAAAGCUUGGUCAAACGAAGAGCUACAAUGAACACACGCCUCCGCCUCCUCCACCACCGCCUCCUCCUCCGCCCAGUCAGAGUCUUAGAAGGGGCUCUGUAGAUUUUCGACCAGUCUCUCCCCUCCCUGACAGGAAGAACGAAUCAGCUUCUGAUGUCCAGGCAUUAUCACCUCAUGGGCCACCUGAAAACCCUCUGUUUCCCAGAGGUACAAACCCAUUCGCCACUGUAAAGCUUCGCCCCACGACGACCAAUGACAGAUCUGCUCCUCAGAUCCACUGAUCCAUCAGCACUCAUGCAGGGGAGGGUUU